AUGGAAACCGGUGGAGUAAUUUCGGGUCAGGAAACCGGAUCGGUUAACCCGGAUGGGUUUGUGACGAUCGAUGUCGAAAGUUUCUCUCCUGUUUUCAACAAAGACUUCUCUUCUUCUUCGAGUCCAAGAAUUACAAUGCAGAGAAAUGUUUCGAGGAAAGGGUCUCCAAGAAGCAACAAUGAGAGGAAACUCCAUUGUGACUCAAAUGGUAAUGACAAGGAAACCUCAUUUCCUCAGUCCCCACUUAGAGGUUCAAGCACGCCGGAAAUGCCUGGCAUUGUGGGACCCACAGAUCAUGCAGGCACGGCUACAACCGCAACCACCGCUGUUUCGGCCUCGCCGCUUCAUCAGAUCACCGUCACUACCGCUGCCGCGACAACUGGAAAUAUGAUCUCCGAUCAAAAUAGAGAAAGAAGAUUUGGCUUUGCAAGGAAAACAAGUUUUAAACGUUCUCACAAUUCUUGGAUGCUUGAUCCUAAGAAAAUCGUCCUCUUCUUUGCAACCUUGUCAAGCAUGGGAUCAAUCUUGUUAAUCAUAUUCACUCUCUCAAUCAGGUCUAGUUCUGGAGAUAUGCCGAUCUAG